GGUUAUAUAUAUAUAUCAUCAUCAAUUAAAACGUAGUAUACUACUAUAACUUCCUUUGUUCAGUCCUUCGUUGGAACCAUACACAAAAAAAAAUAAAAAAAUAAAAAUAAAAUUAGAAUGAGAAGCAAAGCUUCUUCCAUCUAUUCAUCUCUCACCAUAUGUUGUUUAUUCGUGAUUUGGCUCAUCAUGGUUUCACCUGUACCCUCUACGCGGAAAUUAUCCACCACUCCCAGCAGCCACGGAGAUAGUCAUAUGGAAGCAGGCAAACACGAUUAUAAACAUGCCGGAUCUGCUAUACCAUCAGGACCAAAAGUAUCAAAAGCACCUACAAAAGGUACUGGUACUACUGUUACCGGCUCCAACUCCAAAACUCGUACUACUGUUUCCGCCUCCAAAAGCGUGGGGGGCUGUGAUCGAGAUACAUAUGGGGCUUGCCUACCAGGAGGAAACGUCGUUAGACGCUGUCAGCAGUAUGGAAAGUGCAGACUGGGAAAGUGAAACAAGCAAAGCUACUGGUUCUCAUGUUUGUGGUGGAUAUAUAUAUAUAUUAGUAAUUGUUUGUAAUAUUUCAGAUCCGAAUAACAAGUUACUCCUUAUGUGUUGCUUCA